AUGGCUGUGAGCAUUCCAGCUACAGUAUCACCAUCCACGGAACAGUUGAUUCCACAGUUAGCGCAUUUUCUUCCGAUAGCAAGCACCGGGCAUUCUGUCGUUUACCGUACAUUUUCUCAACUUUAUCGCGGUACUAUAGCAGUGAAAAUUAUCAACAAAAAGGCGUUACCACCUGCUGUCGUGGACAAAUUUCUUCCACGAGAACUUGACAUUACCACCAAGGUUCGACACCCGCAUCUAUCUCGUUGCCUUUCUGUACUUGUGCCGUCCGCCUCAAAAAUUGUACUCAUCUCUGAGUAUUACGAGAAAGGAACACUGCUUGAACUGAUUUUGAGGGAACAACGAAUGAAAGAAGUUCCACAAGGAGUACGCAUGUUCCGUCAACUUAUGGAAGCUGUUCACUACCUGCACGAGCGAAAUAUCGUUCACAGGGACAUUAAACUGGAAAACAUUCUUCUUGAUGCGAACGGAGACGCUAAACUAGCCGACUUUGGAUUUGCCCGAUUCAUCGCUCGUAGAGAACGGUCUCGGUCAUUUUGCGGUACGAGGCCGUACUCUGCUCCCCAAAUAACAGUCUACAAACCGUACGAUUCGUACGCAGCUGACUGGUACGCUCUCGGUGUCGUUCUGUACACAAUGCUCGUAGGGAAAUGGCCUAAGGCCAAUCCGCCCAAUGUGCCGAAAACAUCACUGUCAUUCCCUGACUUUAUACCUUCUGCAGCAUGCCGUCGACUCAUCGCGUCUUUGUUGGAACCCGAUGAAGAGCUUCGAGCAGGAUACCAUGACUGUGUGCACUCUGAAUGGAUGGCGCUCCAGCCAAGUUGGAUUUUUGCAGAUCAAAACUUUUACAUCAUAGUGCGAGGAGAGAUGCUUAACUCGCUAUUUAAAUGUUUAGUCAUCUGA